CCGCCAGUACAGCCUAUGGUCGGGGGGAACUAAAUAUUGUGUCAGUGUUUCCACACGGCAAAACGUUCAUGAAACAUCCACAUUUCCGGUAUUACAUACGGACUGCCUUUACAUACAAUUUACCUACGUUGGACUCUCAUACCUGUGCCAUCCACCAUGACUGAUCGCUACAAUAUCCACAGCCAGCUUGAGCACCUGCAGUCCAAAUACAUUGGCACAGGCCACGCCGACACCACCAAGUGGGAAUGGCUGGUGAACCAGCAUCGGGACUCCUACUGUUCUUACAUGGGACACUUCGACCUACUUAACUACUUCUCCAUUGCCGAGAACGAGAGCAAGGCCCGCGUGCGCUUCAACCUGAUGGAGAAGAUGCUGCAGCCCUGCGGGCCUCCUGCUGACAAACCCGAUGACGCUUAGCCAGAGAAGAGAGAAGGGGGCCAGCGCUGCUGGCAUGCCUGCUGGGUGGCGUUAGGAUGGCUGGGGGGAGGGCUGUCCAGAUGAAGUCCAUUCUGCGGCAGUGGCUCUUCAAAGUUGGAUGAAGUGUGACAUUCAUGGACUGAUGUUUGUACAUAGGAUCACUGUUGUUACUUUUUUGUGUGAUUUCCCCCCACCCCCCAACCCCCUUUUUUCAGGGUGCUGUAGAGCUGAUAAUGUUCAUGAUGAUGCAUUUUUCUAUAAUAAAAUGUUAAGUUCAAUGUU